AUGGGCCUGAGCACAGCCGUCGCAGGGGUCGAAGUGGGCUCCCUGGAGGGCAGCCAGGUGGAUGGGCGCAGGGAAAGGAACUCCAGACCCGGGCCGCGCAGGGCCAAGGUCCAACAAGGGGGUGUGGUCGGGGGGAGGGGCUGCGAGCGCGAGGGCAGACCCCGCGCCAGAACCGGCAGGGGGUGGGCCCGGGGCAGGGUCAGCCCCGCGGGGCCCCGGGAUGGCCGCGGGACCGCCCCACGCCGCGCCACGUGCGCGCUGGACCACCGCGGCCGGCCGGUGACGCGCACGCUCGGCCUGGGGCGGGGGGCGCUGCCCGGACCUCCGAGCGCUCCGCGGAGACGGCGGGACGGACGCGCGUGCGGCCCCCGCGGGCGCUGGCCGAGACCCGGUGACCUUCCCCGGUGCGGCCGCGGGGGCCGGGAGGGGGCCAGGAAUUCCCGCCCCGCCCGCGCCGGGCGCCGCCAUUGGCAGAGACCCCGGGGGCCUCUGAAAGCGCGGCUCCCAUUGGCUCCCGCGGCCCCGCCCCGCGCGCCCCGCAGCGCCUGCGCGUGCGCACCCGACGGGGCGCGGCGCCGGGUCUUGCCCCUACCCGGGACUCCGCAGACACCGCCAGUGUCGGGUGCGGUCCCGGAGCGCGUGGCCCCGACGCGAGGGGGCGGAGCUUUGUCCGCCCCGCCCCCGCGGAAGGAUACGCGCCGCCGCGGCCCAAAAUCCCGGGGCGAGGCGGCGCCGGCGUGUGAGCGGCUUGGCAGCUGCGCGUCUACGCGGCCCGGACCCAAGCGGACUGCGCCGCGCGACGGCUUCCCCCGAGCGCGCCGGCGAGUCUCGGCGCUCGGAGGCCGAUCCCCCGCGGGGCCCGCCGCCGUCCGCCGUGCGUCCGGGUCUCGGGGGAGGCCGCCGUUCGCGGCCGAGGCGGGGAGCCGGGCCCGCGCCGCGUCGCCCGCGAUGCUGCUCUCCAAGUUCGGCUCGCUGGCGCACCUCUGCGGGCCCGGCGGCGUGGACCCGGUGAAGAUCCUGCAGCCCGCCAAGGCCGAGAAGGAGAGCUUCGAGAAGGCGUACCAGAUCGGCGCCGUGCUAGGCAGCGGCGGCUUCGGCACCGUCUACGCGGGCAGCCGCCUCGCCGACGGGCUCCCGGUCGCAGUGAAGCACGUGGUGAGGGAGCGAGUGACCGAGUGGGGCAGCGUCGGCGGCGCGACCGUGCCCCUGGAGGUGGUGCUGCUGCGCAAGGUGGGCGCGGCGGGCGGCGCGCGCGGCGUCAUCCGCCUGCUGGACUGGUUCGAGCGGCCCGACGGCUUCCUGCUGGUGUUGGAGCGGCCCGAGCCGGCGCAGGACCUCUUCGACUUCAUCACGGAGCGCGGCGCGCUCGACGAGCCACUGGCGCGCCGCUUCUUCGCGCAGGUGCUGGCCGCCGUGCGCCACUGCCAUGGCUGCGGGGUGGUGCACCGCGACAUCAAGGACGAGAACCUGCUGGUAGAUCUGCGUUCCGGGGAGCUCAAGCUCAUCGACUUCGGCUCGGGCGCGCUGCUCAAGGACACGGUCUACACCGACUUCGACGGCACCAGGGUAUACAGCCCCCCCGAGUGGAUCCGCUGCCACCGCUACCACGGGCGUUCGGCCACCGUGUGGUCCCUGGGCGUGCUGCUCUACGACAUGGUCUGCGGGGACAUCCCUUUCGAGCAGGACGAGGAGAUUCUCCGUGGUCGCCUCUUUUUCCGGAGAAGGGUCUCCCCAGAGUGCCAGCAGCUCAUCGGAUGGUGCCUGUCCCUGCGGCCCUCGGAGCGGCCCACCCUGGACCAGAUCGCUGCCCACCCCUGGAUGGUGGGGGCGGAUGGGGGCGCCGCAGAGAGCUGCGACCUCCGGCUCUGCGUCCUCCACCCUGACGACGGGGCCAGCACCACCUCCAGCAGCGAGAGCUUGUGAGAGGCAAGGGAGGGGGUGCGCGGGGACCCCCGGCCUAGCCCGGCCACUGGCGAGCACACGUGCUGGCUGCCGCCUCUGCCCGGCCCGUCUCCCGCCUGCCAGAGCAGUGCCCUCUGCCCGCCGGUGACCUCUGCUCUUGGCGCCGGCCGUGGUUUCCUUUGCUUUGAGUGCCUUCUCCAACGCUGCUCCAUGGACUUGGAUAUCUCCAGCUCUGUUUGUCCAAAGAUGGCGCGGUCUAAGUGAGCUCUCGCCCCCGGGGUGGUUAUCCGCGCCCCCUGCCCCUCGUCUGUCUGGCCCUCACCUCACCACUGGCACAAGGACCCUCGCCCCGCACCCCUCGCGGUGGGCGCCGGGCGUUCCGCACAAGCAAUGCACGGUCGGGGUUGCGGCUCCCCUGCCGCCCUGUUAUUUAUGGCACGGCCCUCGGAGGGCACCCGGGGCUAUUUAUUGGUUUAAUUUAUUUGUUGCAGUGGCUCCCCAGCAGCCCCUCCUCGGGCACUGGCCUGGCUGCUGUCCCUGGCGUGGCCCUCCCAGCCCGUGUCUGGAAGGCCGGCUGGGGCACCCCCGGGGUGGUGGGUUUUAAAUUAUUGACCCUGUACAGUCGCUUGUUGGCUCUGGAAGCCGGGGGGUGGGGGGCGGAGUCGCAGACCUUUAAUUUAUUUUAGCAGUUGGGUUUCUGUGUCCCGGUGUGCAGGCAUCGAGGACGGGGGUUUCUUUCAGCUCAAGGGUGUGAGAUGUUCGGAGAACCUAUUUUUUAUACAGGCGUUUCAAUUAAAUUUUUUGUAUGUAA